AUGAAGCGGAUCAUCACCCAUUUCAUGGGAAAUAUCUCCUUUGAGCCUACUCACCUCCAAUCAGUGGCAGACAGCUUGGAUGAGAGACACGGCGACGAGGAUGGCAAUCCAUCUACAAUCUCUCAGGACCUUGCCCUGGCCAAGGAUUACUCCUUAGAUCCCCUCUCUACGAAUACUAUGCACUACUCCGGAGAGCUUUCCCAUUGGAACUUCUCGAAAAUGCUGGAGCGCCGACUUCAAAGUCUGGGCAACGGCACCAAGCCAGGAAGGGUCGAGAAUCCUGGGCCGACUGGCAACGGCUUCUUCCGCGCAACGGAUUUGCAGUCUUCUGGCUCAUGCAUGUCAUUAGCCAAGCAGUACUUUCCACCAAGACCAAUCGCUGAUUUCUUGGUCAAAACAUUCCUUGAGUAUGCCUUGACUAAUUACUUCUACUUCGAUCAAGAUAUUUUUCAUCGCAAACUAGAAUACUAUUAUGAUUUGGAAGGUUCGCUGACCAUCAACGACGCUGGCUGGGUAUGCACACUCCUCAUGACAUUUGCCAUUGGUACACAAUUCGCAUAUAUGCAGACAAGGCCGAACUUGACGAACGAGUUUGCCAAAGUUGACAUCGAAGACGACCACAUUGGAAUUCAGCUCUAUCGGUUCUGCUGCCGACUAAUUCCGGAUCUUAUUACAACUGCUAGCGUCGAGAGUGUCCAGGCAUUCUUGCUCAUGGGAUCAUAUACGCUGCCAAUUGACACAUCGGGCCUGGCAUACACAUACUAUGGUCUGGCAAUAAAGAUGGCAAUACAAAACGGAAUGCACAGACAGUUCCCUGGGGAAAACUUCGAUGGUCGAUUAGUCGAAGCGAGGAAUCGUCUUUGGUGGUCAGCCUAUGCGCUGGAAAGUCGCAUCAGUAUUUUACAUGGUCGCCCAGCCUCCAUAUCGCCAGCUGAGACCGACACGCCCAUGCCAAGGGAGCUAGUAGGCUUCCAAUCAACCGAUUAUCGGUCAAAUCUGCCCAAUUUUUCUGCCGUGGUAAUCCUUACCAAGCACCUGGCGAAUGCCUCAGAAUCUAUCAAAUCCCUACGAAGCUGCGGUAGAUCAAAGCAACAGAGAUACCUCAGACAGCUGGCCGCUAUGCGCGAUCAACUUGGAAAUUGGUGGUCUGGUCUCCCAACCCAGGUUCAUUGCAGAGAUCUCAGCCAGAAUGGGCCUCUCUUUCGAUCGAAUAUUCAUCUGGAGAUUUACUAUAUCACUACAGUAAUAUACAUUGGCCGACCCUUCAUUAUCUCCUCAGUCCAAGUCUCAGGAAAUACCCCAGCACAGACCAAUACAACUAGUACCCAAGAAGUCCCCGAUGUCAUCAAAAAAUUACGUGAUGAUUCACUCGAUGCAGCUAUCCGGGGAGUAGAACUGUGUCAAAUAUUACAAGAUACUGUUGGCCUUGCUCGUGUUUCAUAUACUGAGUUCAGUGCCUGCCGCAUCGCCUUACUUGCUUUGAUUGCACACAGUCUCAACGAGCCAACGGCCAAAAUUUCUAUCGCUCUUACCCAGGGAAUGUCAAUAAUUCGAAAAAUGUGCGUUGGACUCGAGUCUGCAAAAUCCGAAGUCGCGGUAAUUGAAGCGCUUGACAGAGCCCGGCAACGGUUAUAUGCCCCUGCCGACCUAGAGGAAAAUCACUCAGUACAGUCCACAUCGGGUUAUAAUCAGUUUCAAGAGUGGGCCAAGCUUUGGCGAGCAGAUCCCAUGAUGCAAAACGCUGCUGUCAGCCUUGGGGAGAAUGUUCUCCCGGUCGAAGAACAAACAAAUCCCUCCGUACCGUCAUUUGAUGGGUUCUUUUCCUCGUUUCCCGACGAGCUUUGUGAGUUUACUGCCAUUCCGGGGCUCAAUGAUGACAUGUCACUGGGCCAGGAGUGGUUGGAUGGUCAGCCCGAUGAUAUAAUAUGGAACACAGCAGGUGCCUUCGAUGUGUCUGGCCAUACACAUUGA